GCCCUGACCUUCUUGCCCCGCCGCUGGCGGCCGCGCAAGCGGGGGCGGGCCUCUGCGCCUUGCGGCCAAUGGGGACUGAGCCUGGGGGCCGGGGCGUGGCGGUCUCGGCGCGACGCCCCUAGUGGCGGUUGUUUCAAGAUGGCGGACGUGGCGGGCCCCUCCCGCUCGGGCGCCGCAGCGUUCUGGAGCCGGGACUUUUCUGAUGAAGAACAAUCAGUAGUAUACGUUCCAGGAAUUUCUACAGAAGGAAAUACCAAAUCAAGACACAAGUUGAUAAGUCCAAAAGCUGAUGUUAAAGGUAAUAAGACUUCCAGGGUAGCUGACACUUCAGUCUCGAUGAAGUCUUUAAAAGGCGCAGGAGAUUCAGUAAGUGAACAGAAUUUCUGCAAGCGAGGAAUGAAGAGUGUAUCAUUGAAGGAUUUAUGUCUCGAAGACAAAAGACGAAUUGCAAACUUAAUUAAAGAACUGGCCAGAGUAAGUGAAGAAAAGGAAGUGACAGAAGAACGACUGAAAGCCGAACAAGAAUCAUUUGAGAAGAAGAUCAGGCAGUUGGAAGAACAGAAUGAACUGAUCAUCAAAGAAAGGGAAGCUCUUCAGCUACAGUACAGAGAAUGCCAAGAACUUCUAAGUCUGUAUCAGAAAUACCUAUCAGAACAGCAAGAGAAGCUCACCAUGUCUCUCUCAGAACUUAAUGCUGCUAAAAUGCCGGAACAACAGGUAACCAAUAGGAAAAUCACUCCCCGGUCUUCAUCUGUAGAACUGGAUGGUUCUUACCUGAGUGUAGCCAAACCACAAACCUUCUGUCAAAUCAAGCGAAGGCCUAAGUCUGCAAACCAAGACUCAGCUUCAGAAUCCCAGAUGGAAUAUAGGAACAAUUCUUUGAAACCAGUAACCUUUCAUCAUCCCAAAGAGAAUCCAGACAGGGUGUCAUCAGAGACCAGAAUAUGUAAUUAUGAAUCUCCAGGGAGAAAGCCAGUGGAUACAGAACCAAUGGAAAAAACUCCACAAGAAGAACAGAAGAUGAAGGAGCAUCUACAUCUUAAGCCUACUCCACCUAGUCAGUGUUGUGGUCAUAGACCUUCUGAAAAUGAAGAUCAUGUUCGUGAGAGCCAUCCUACAAACAUAGUGUCUCAGUAUUCCAAGACAGAACCAGAAUCAUGCAGUCAUUGUGGACUUUCUUGGGCAUCUCUCAUGCAUGGUGGAGGGGCACUGCAACCCAGUGAAACUGAUGUCAAAAAGCAACUCUCAGAAGAUAGAAGGCAACAACUGAUUCUUCAGAAAAUGGAACUGGAAAUCGAAAAGGAGCGUCUGCAGCAUCUGCUGGCUCAGCAGGAGACAAAACUUCUCCUAAAACAGCAGCAGCUUCAUCAGUCUCGACUAGAUUACAAUUGGUUAAGAACUCAAGCUGUAUUUAAGUCUACAAAACUGGUUCCUGACAAAGAGUUUACUAAACCCCGAGAGCUCAAUCUCGAUAUGAACGGGAGUGACUCUGGACCAAGUUUGUUAAAGUCAAAAUGUGAUGGAUGGCUGCCUGGAACCUCAUUGUCCUUUAAAAAGUACCAUGAUUCCUCAAACAAUGGAGAGAAUAGGAGGGAGAAGAAGACAGUUGGGUUUCAGACGCAUGUAGAAGAUGAUGCCGAGUGGACAAGUCCAAAGAAAGAUACAUGUAGACUCCAAAGAGGGUCAAUGACAGGAAUUAGAAAAGAUGCUUCCACAUCUCCUAUACCAACAGGAAACCAAAAGGAGCUUGUUACCACAGCUUCAUCAUCAUACCAACACAACACCUCCCGGUAUGAAACAUCUCUGUUGGAUUUGGUUCAGUCUCUGAGCCCAAAUUCUCCCAAACCUCAUCUCCAUGCCUCCAGAGAAACUGGGACCUGGAAUCAUAAUACUUUUCGACUCAGUUCUCAAAAAUCAACCUGGAAGAAGAUGGGGGCACGCAGGACCCCUGAAGACCUGGAGGAGAAUCAAAUUCUGGAAGAUAUAUUUUUCAUUUGACUCCAAAGCAUAUGCUACAAAAUAUGUGGGUUUCUUCACCUACUGAUCUUGGAUGUUGAAUUAUUUGAUUGCAAAGUAUUGAAUUUCUCCUCUCACAGGGUCCUCACUGUCAUCUUGUUAUAUGUUGAAUGUAGAAAUUUUUCUAACAACCCAGGGUGUUUUGGAUCAGACCAAUCAGUAGAAACACACUAAAAGGAGGUAGGUCAGGGGACAGUAUCUUUUCUAAGCCAAACAGAGUUUAGAAAUUUAGGAUACUUUCUACAUGAGAAGACACCAUUGCAUAGUCCACAUCAUUUCAAGAGUAUUCCCUUCUCAAUCUUCUGCUAGAAAAGUUGGUUCUCUUUUUGUAUGUGAGAAAAUCUUUCCACUAUAAGGUCCCUGAAAUAUAAAAGUAGCCCGUUGUAACAUAAGAAAUUUCAGAAAGACUUUUUUACCUUCAUCCUUUUCUCUCACCAGUACCUCUGUCUAAGUAUGGCCAUUGAAUUCUGAAGUUGGAGAAGCAACACUGGAGACCAAGUGUCAGUCAGUCUUAGUAGUCAUCAGCCUGGUGGCUGCCCAUCCUAUUACCAAAAGUCUCAGUGAGCUACAACUUGUAUUAAUCCACCCAGCCAAUCUGGAAAAAAAGCAGCAUUAAGUCAUAUAUUUACCUGGGGAAGUCAAGUGGACAGACAGGUCUGAAACACUUUUCUUCCAAUGUUCAGGUACCCUUCCAUUUUCCCAGGAUGAAUAAAAGGAAGCUCUAGGAAUUUCCUGUUGACCCAAGUGUGAAGUUCAUUUAUAGUCCAUCACUUGUGCUCUUGUGAACUUGCCAUGGUUAUAUCUGAGGAAGAUGGUACCAAAGGGAGAAUGGCAUCCAGCUGCUGCAGGCUUAUUAGCUUCCUCUGGCCCUCCCUUGCCCUUUAAGAGGAUGAAAGACCCCAGGUUGGACCAGGCCUUGCAUGCGCUCAGUCUACAAAAGCCAUGCUGAGCAGCCUCCUUGUCUGAUUAUAGCUACUCCCUUGAAAAGUUGAAAAUCAUUGCAGAUUCCAAUUUCCUGUUAAAGUUCACCCCUAUAAAAGUAACCAAAUCUGUCUUGUCCCAUUUCAAAAAGCCUUUGGAAUAUUGAGCUUUCUUUGGUUGUGACAGGAAUGGGUAGAUGGGAAACUGAGAAACCCUCAGGCAUUUUCUCAAAGUUAAGUUUUCAGAACUAUCAUUUCCCUUCCCCGGUGUCGCAACCAGUUCAAGUGUACCUUUCUCUGUUAGACCAGCCAUAAACACAGUCACCUCAUCUGGACACUGGUGUCCUUGCUGUUCUCUGCAGUGAGAGAAUCCAGAAGGAUCAAGGAAAGGAUUAUGAUUUCUUUAAGAAAUUUACUUAUCUUUAGAAGAAUCAUAAACUGAAAAGACUUUUUUGAGUUGCAUGCCAGUAACUGGAGUUUAAUUGCUUCUUUACCUCCCCUGAAUGGGCAACUUGAAGAAAAAAGAUGAAUUUUCAGGACAGCAUCAAUCAACACAGUUGUCUCUUAUGCCACAGUCACCCACCAGUUGCUUUCCUCUAUUCUGUGGACAUUUGUUGGUGUUGAUGUGAGCCAUAGGGUGUGGCUUUGUAUAGAAUCUAGUGUCUUCAUGACAAAUUCAAUAAUAUAUGUUAACAUUUUAAUCUGAUUUAAAUCUCUUUGAGACAUAUAUGCAGAGCCUUGAGGUUUGACCUAUUUGCAAACUGUCCCACCGAGAGAAAGUCCAGAACAAAAGAACCUGCCCUCCUCCAGUUUGUCUCCCUAUAGUGGCUGGUUGGGAUUUGCUUUCCCAGCCUCUCGCUGUUUCCCCAAAGCAAGACUGGACACUUAUUGAGGGUGCAACAUGUAGUGCUGCAACAUUGUCCACCAUGCUGCCCACCACCUAUGAGAGAAAAAACAAUCAGUGUCUGUAAAAUGGAAAAGGACAGAGCAUGUCCCUUGAAACUCCCUAAGUAAGGCCCAGAGUGCUUGAGUUAGAAGUCAAAGUUAAUCAAGGUAAAGCUUUUGCUGAUGUCACUCUUCCGGGAGGCACAUUUGUGUUGAUCCAAACCUGAUCCCCAUAGUGGAAUUUAUCCAGAGCACCCCAAAUGUCGUGAGGAGGGAGGAGCCCUCUCCCCUGUGGAGCCAGUCUUUUCAUUUGGCCCUGCUUCUAGCACCAGGUUCAUCCUGGAGAUUUGUUGACCAAACACUGUGGGAAGGGGGAGAGCCCUAAAGGAGCAGAGCUGGGUGCAGUCUACUAAGGGAGGUAGAGGCCCUGUGGGACUCCUCUCAGCUCACACUUCAUCCUCAACUCUGUGUGUUAUUUUAAUGUGGGCAAAUGUUUAUAAAUAUAUGGAAUUAUAAUUAAUAAAUUAUCUCUAUGGUUA